AACAUGACUCUGUUCACGUUCCCGUUUCUGACACCGAUGGACUCAACCCUUCUGUUUCGGAUGCUGAAGAACCUAGUAAGGUUAACGCUCCCGCGCCAGAUGUCGAAGCACUCAUGGAGCCUAUCACUGUUAAUGCUCUCGUUUCCGAAGCCGAAGAACCCAGCACAGUUAACAACCCCGCGUCCGAAACCGAAGAUCCCAGCACCAUUGACGUAACCACAUAUGCCAACAUCGUUAUCGACGCGCCUGUGUCCAACAGCGGAGAACCCGAAGUUGUCAAGGUUCCUGCGUCUGACGCCGAAGAACUCGGCGGCACUGCUAAUCUUGUCGUCGUUUCCGACGUCGAAGAAGCAAGCAGCAUUAAUGAUCACUCAUCUUCGAAUGAAGAAAUUGCUAGUGAUGACAUUCCUUCGCAGAUCGAUGAGAAGACAAACCCUAUUGACGCACCUAUAUCCAUCGACGGCAUCAUAAACGUUCCAGUAUUUGUGGCGCCUUCAUCACCUGUUGAAAAACUGACGAUAAAUACCACAAUCACCGAGUCGGUGAGAAGCGAGAUAUCUGAUGAUGAGAUCGAGGCAGACGUCAAAAGCGACUCACCAUUGUGCUCAGAAGUGUCACCACCGACAUCGCCGUCAGGGAGCGAGGCGAGCAACAAGGAUGGAAAAGAGAGCAUUCAUAAUUUGA